GUUAGCCUGGGCAAAAAAGAAAAAAAAAAAGCCAAUCCUCAUCUGUCCAUUCACAAUUCAAUUCUGCUUUCCAUCUGCCAACUGCAUUUUUGGCGCAAAAGAACCAAAGCUAAAGGCAAAGCAAAGCCUCCCUCUUUCAUUCAUUUUUGCAACCAUUUUUUGCCUUAUCUCUUUGCUUUUCAUCUUUCAUUUUCUUCUCCUUUGCAAAAGGUUUUGCUUGUUUUUCAAUUAAAGUUUCAAUCUUCUUUGUUACCCUCCACCUUGGGUUUUCUUUGUUCUUGCCGUUUCCUUUGUUAAUAUGGGUGUUCAUGAGUGUUGGGUUAUGGUUUUUGUUCUUGUGUUCUUGUUCCAAGCUCAAUUGUUCAACUCACAGAACUUGACUUGCAAUCAAAACGACUGGAUUUCUCUCCAGGGUUUUAUGAGCAAUUUAACAACAAAAUUUGAAAGUUGGUCGACAAAUUCAUCAGCUGAUUGUUGUGACUGGGAAGGGAUCACCUGUGAUCCUCCAUCUUCCGGUAGAGUUAUCAAGUUGGAACUUUCCGGGAAAAGAUUAUCCGGGAAAAUAUCUGAUUCUUUAGCUGGUUUGGAUCAGCUAAAAACUCUCAAUCUCUCCCACAAUUUCCUUAAAUACACACUUCCUCAGUCUUUGUUUCAUUUGCCGAAUUUGGAGCAACUUGACUUGAGCUAUAACGAUUUCUCCGGACAAAUCCCAGAAAGCAUCAACCUUCCUUCAAUUCAAUUCCUUGAAAUGUCUUCCAAUUUGAUGGAUGGUUCCCUUCCUUCACAUAUAUGUGCUAAUUCUACUCGGAUUCGGUACCUUAGUUUAGAAGUGAACUAUUUCUCUGGUAAUAUUCCACCGGGGCUUGGAACUUGUUCUUCCUUGGAGCAACUUUCUCUUGGCAUGAAUGAUCUCACUGGUGAGAUAGCAGAAGACAUCUUUCAGCUUCAAAAUUUGAGCCUUUUGGAGCUUCAAAAUAACAGAUUUGAUGGGAAGCUCAGUCCUGGUAUGGCUAAUCUCUCUAAACUUGUUCGUUUAGAUAUUUCUUCGAAUAAUUUUUCUGGAGAUAUCCCGGAUGUGUUCAGUCAGCUUUUGAGUUUUCAGUAUCUUGUUGCUCAUUCGAAUCAGUUUACUGGUGGAAUUCCCAGUUCAUUGUCCAAUUCUCCAACCAUUAGUUUGUUGAAUUUGAGGAACAAUUCAUUUGAGGGUCCUAUAGUUCUUAAUUGUUCAGCUAUGGUUGCUUUGAACUCUCUUGAUUUAGCUACCAAUAAGUUUUCUGGUCCCGUGCCUGAUAAUCUUCCCUUGUGUAGACAAUUGGAAAAUAUCAAUCUUGCAAAGAAUAAGUUCAGUGGCCAAGUCCCUGAGAGCUUCAGAGAAUUCCAUAGCCUCUCUUAUAUCUCCUUCUCGAAUUCGAGCAUCCGAAAUCUGUCCUCUGCUCUUCGAAUUCUGAAUCAGUGUAGGAACCUGACUACUUUGGUCCUCACCCUGAAUUUCCCCGAUGAAACGUUGCCCGAUGAUCCCGAUCUGCAUUUCGAGAAGUUGAAGGUUUUGGUUAUCGCAAACUGUCGACUUAAAGGUUCGAUUCCUCGGUGGUUGAGAAAUAGCACUGCUUUGCAGUUGUUGGAUUUAUCAUGGAACCAUUUGGCUGGAGAAAUUCCACCAUGGGUUGGAAGCUUUAGUGAUCUGUUUUACUUGGACUUGUCGAACAAUUCGUUUACCGGAGAGAUCCCGAAGAGUUUAACUGAAUUACCUAGCCUCAUUUAUCGAGAUAUCUCAUUGGAGGAGCCUUCACCGGAUUUUCCUUUCUUCAUGAAAAGGAAUGAAAGUGCGAGAGGAUUGCAGUAUAAUCAGAUUUGGAGCUUUCCUCCAACACUUGACUUUGGUCUCAACUCUCUUAGUGGACCAAUUUGGCCACAGUUUGGGAAUCUGAAAAAGCUUCAUGUGUUUGAUUUGAAGCUGAAUAAUUUCUCUGGACCGAUUCCGGAAAAUCUAUCCGGGAUGACCAGCUUGGAGAUGCUCGAUUUAUCGCAUAAUGACUUAUCCGGGACCAUACCACCUUCACUGCAAAGUCUCAGUUUUCUGUCCGUCUUUAACGUUGCCAAUAAUCGGCUUUAUGGGAAGAUUCCUUCGGGGGGUCAAUUUCCUACAUUUCCGAGCUCAAGCUUUGAAGGGAACAAUCUUUGUGGUGAGCACUGGUCCCAUUGUCAAGAUGCUACUACUAGCAAAGAUCCCGAUGAAUCCCCGCAAAGAUCAAGGAGGAACAUAGAUAUCAUCAUUGGAAUGGUUGUUGGAAUCUUUUUCGGGACAGUUUUCGUGCUCGGCAUUAUUCUUGUGAUUGUGUUGCGUGCGAAUAAUCGCAAUGAGGUUGAUCCCGAGAAAGAGGAUGCUGACUCGAAUGAUGAAGAUCCCGAAGAAACCGGUUCAAGGCUAGUUGUCCUCUUCCAAAAUAUGGAAACCUGCAAAGAACUCUCCAUUGACGACCUUUUGAAAUCGACCGAAGAUUUUGACCAAGCCAACAUCAUCGGUUGUGGGGGUUUCGGUCUGGUUUACAGAGGCAUCCUCCCCGAUGGUCGUAAGGUUGCCAUUAAACGGCUUUCAGGUGAUUGCGGUCAGAUUGAUAGAGAAUUCCAUGCCGAAGUCGAAGCACUUUCGAGAGCUCAACAUCCAAAUCUUGUCCAUCUACAAGGGUACUGCAUGCAUAGAAGUGACCGGCUGUUAAUAUAUUCUUACAUGGAAAAUGGCAGUUUGGACUAUUGGUUGCAUGAGAAGGUCGACGGACCGUCUUCGCUUGACUGGGAAACGAGGCUGCAAAUUGCACAAGGUGCAGCCAGGGGUCUAGCUUACUUACACCAGUCAUGCGAGCCUCAUAUUCUGCACAGAGAUAUAAAGUCGAGCAACAUUCUUUUAGACGAAAAUUUCGAAGCACACCUAGCGGAUUUUGGUCUUGCAAGGCUCAUACUUCCUUAUGAUACCCAUGUAACCACUGAUCUUGUAGGUACAUUAGGUUACAUUCCUCCCGAGUACGGUCAAGCUUCCGUCGCUUCCUACAAAGGCGAUGUGUACAGUUUCGGGGUCGUGCUUCUGGAGCUUAUGACCGGAAAAAGGCCCAUGGAUAUGUGCAAGCCGAAAGGAUGCCGGGAUUUGAUCUCUUGGGUGAUUCACAUGAAGAUGGAACAUAAGGAGACUGAAGUUUUUGAUUCAUAUAUCUACGACAAGCAGCAUGAAAAGGAAAUGUUACAGGUUCUCGAUAUUGCAUGCCUUUGUUUAAGCGAAAGUCCGAAAGUUCGGCCUACGACACAGGAGCUGGUUUCUUGUCUAGACAAGGUCGACAUCGGCAGCUAGCUGGGCAAAGCAACGACAGAAAACUUCGGUUUUUCAUAGUAAUACACUAUCGUAUUGUAAAUAUUACUUUCUGAUUUUGGAGGGAUCUAACAGAAGCAACACAAUUUUUGUAACUAACUUUCGUACAAGUUUUCACAUUCAAAGUUGGUUUCUUGCUUUGGGAGAUGAUC